CCGCUUAAGCUCCUCGCGGCGAAGAGGAUCCGCGGACUCACACGCAAGACUCAAGAGGAGCGGCUCCGCGGCUGGUCUCAUUCUCCGCGGACCCUUCGAUUGAUCGAUUGAUAAUCUCUCUCUCUCUCUCGGGUACCUUUCAUUCGAGAUUCGAAGGAAUUGCUGAUAAUCUUCAGGCUUCGCCCCCAACGAUUUGUUCUUCUCCUUCCUCUCCCCGCAUCUCCGAGGGUCUUUUGGGGAUCGAGGUAAGGAAUGAUGGAGGGGGAUAGCUUCUCACGUUUCGGCAAUGGAACCCAAAUUGACGGCAAAGUCUUCUCAACCUUCCAAAAGAGCUUCCUCCAGGUGCAGAGCAUCUUAGACCAAAACAGGCUUUUGAUCAAUGAGAUCAAUCAGAAUCACGAGUCGAAAAUCCCCGACAACCUCACCCGCAACGUCGGCCUAAUUCGCGAGCUCAACAACAACAUCCGGCGCGUCGUCGACCUCUACGCCGACCUCUCCCUCUCCUUCACCAGGUCCAUGGACGCUUACUCGGAGGGAGAUUCCGAAGGGAAGGCCGGCCACAAGAGGAACAGACCUCCGUAAUUACCAGUCAAACAAUUAGCAGAGAGAGAGAGAGAGAGAGAGAGAGGAGUGUGACACGGUACAACAACAAAUUAGGAUUCCAAACUGUGCAAGAUUGGAGAUGAGAGUAAGGGGAAAAAAAAGUAGCUGGCAAAGCAAAAUAACAGGUGAUUUACUUGCAUUGCAGUAGCUAGUAAUUAAUCAUCGCGCCAUUGUUGCCAUGGAAAGCUAUUAACUUGUUUGCGUUCCA